AUGCCCCAGCUUGGCCGUAGAGUGCCCCAGGGGGAAACCCACCCAUACUAUGACCUCCAGGUGAAGGUGCUGAGGGCCAGAAAUAUCCAGGGCACAGAUCUGCUGUCCAAAGCCGAUUGCUACGUGCAGCUGUGCCUGCCCACUGCGUCCUCCAGCCCCACCCGGACAAGGAUGGUGGCCAACUGCAGUGACCCCAAGUGGAAUGAGACCUUCCACUACCGGAUCCACGGUGCUGUGAAAAAUGUUCUGGAGCUCACCCUCUAUGAUAAGGAUAUCUUGGACAGUGACCAGCUCUCCCUGCUACUGUUUGACCUGAGGAGCCUCAAGCCUGGCCAACCCUACAGACACACCUUCCUACUCAACCACCAGGACUUACAGGAGCUGCAGGUGGAAUUUGUUCUCGAGAAGAGCCAGGUGCCUGCAUCUGAAGUCAUCACCAAUGGGGUCCUGGUGGCUCACCCCUGUCUGAGAAUCCAGGGCACCCUCGGGGAAGAUGGCACAGCCCCACAUCGAGAGUAUGGCUCUAGGCAGAUUCAGCUGACAGUGCCUGGGGCCUAUGAGAAGCCACAGUUCUUGCCCCUGCAACCCCCCAAAGAGGGAGGCCUGCCAGCCACCUUCACCUUUCACGUGAAUCCAGUGAUCAGCUCCAGGCUGGAUGUGGACCUGGGGGAGAAGCUCACAGUCCUGCAGGGUGACCCAAGUGCUGAGCUAGAGACCCAGACCAGCAAGCUGGGUGACGGGGGCAUCCUGCUCUCUUCUUUGGCCUUAGGCCAGGAGGAAAGGCAUUUCGUGGACCUGGGGGAGGACCAGGAGGUGGUUCUGAGUAUGAAGGCAGAAAUGAGCUCUGGAGACCUUGACCUGCGCCUUGGCUUUGGCCUGUGUGACGGGGAACAGGAGUUUCUGGACAAGAGGAAGCAGAUCGUGUCCAAGGCCCUACAGCGGGUGCUGGGAUUGAGCCAGGCUCCUGACAGUAGCCAGGUGCCUGUGGUGGCUGUGCUGGGUUCGGGAGGUGGGACCCGAGCAAUGUCUUCCCUGUACGGCAGCCUGGCAGGGCUGCAGGAACUCGGCCUCCUGGACACCGUGACCUACCUGAGUGGGGUCUCUGGGUCUACCUGGUGCAUCUCCACCCUCUACCGAGACCCAGCCUGGUCCCAGGUGGCCUUGCAGGGCCCCAUUGAACAUGCCCAGGCUCGGGUCUGCAGCAGUAAGAUGGGGGCCAUGUCCCUGGAGCGCCUACAGUACUACGCCCAGGAACUGGGGAGCCUGGAAGGCAGUGGCCGCAGUGUUUCCCUCAUCGAUCUCUGGGGUCUCCUCAUUGAGUAUUUCCUCUACCAGGAGGAAAACCCCGCCAGGCUGUCUGACCAGCAGGAGGCUGUCAGCCAGGGCCAGAACCCUUACCCUAUCUACGCCAGCAUCAAUGUCCUCACCCACAUCAGCGGGGAAGACUUCGCAGAGUGGUGCGAGUUCACCCCCCAUGAGGUCGGCUUCCCCAAGUAUGGGGCUUACGUCCCCACUGAGCUCUUUGGCUCUGAGUUCUUCAUGGGGCAUCUGCUGCAGCCCUGGCCCGAGCCCCGGAUCUGCUACCUGCAGGGUAUGUGGGGCAGUGCCUUUGCAGCCAGCGUGGAGGAGAUCUUCCUGAAGACUGCGGGCUCAGGCCUCAGCUUCUUGGACGGGCACAGAGGGAAAGUAAACAUCACAGAUGACAGCCAGAAGCUCCAGCUGCAUGGCCCCACACGUCUGCAGACCAGGCUCUUCACCCCCCAGGGCCCCUUCUCCCAGGCUGUGCUGGACAUAUUCACCUCCCGCUUUACCUCCGCGGAGAACUUUAAUUUCACCAGGGGCCUCUGCCUACACAAAGACUACGUAGCUGGCCAGGAGUUCAUGGCCUGGAAAGCUACGCACCCUGAUGCCUUCCCCAACCAGCUCACUCCCAUGCGGGACUGCCUGUGCCUGGUAGAUGGGGGCUUUGCCAUCAACUCUCCAUUCCCACUGAACCUGCUGCCCCAGAGAGCGGUGGACCUCAUUUUGUCCUUUGACUACUCCCUGGAGGCCCCUUUUGAGGUCCUACAGAUGACAGAGAAGUACUGCCUGGACCGAGGCAUCCCCUUCCCAAGGAUUGAGGUGCUCCCUGAGGACUUGGAGGAGCCCCGCGAGUGCUACGUGUUCGCCAAGACCGAGGACGCCCGCUCACCCAUCGUGCUACACUUCCCCCUUGUCAACCGUACCUUCCGCACACACCUGGCCCCAGGUGUGGAGCGACAAACAGCUGAGGAGAAGGCCUUCGGGGACUUCGUCGUCAACGGGUCAGACACUCCCUAUGGCAUGAUGAACUUCACCUAUGAGCCUGAGGAGUUUGAGCGGCUGGUGGCUCUGAGUCGAUACAAUGUUCUGAACAACGCGGAGACCGUGAGACACGCCCUACGGCUGGCUCUGGAGCAGCGGCAGGCUGGGGACAGGGCUGGAGCUGACCAGGCUUGAGGGGAGGACCGUGAGGGAGAGUAGCCACCGUGGGCUCCAGACCGGGGCUUGAGGGAGGAGGAGUGGUAGAUGCUGAGGGGCUCCUGCUUCCCAUGUUACAGGGACCUGCUUAAGUCCUCCAGGCCCCAGAAAGCUCCUGCAGAAUGGCAGCUGGGCUUUGGGGCUGGGCCCUUCUCAUAGGUGUUUCUGGGAUAUGAUGGGGCAGUAUGUCUCUCUGGGGCUCUUGGGGAAGGGGGGCAGAGGUGAGCGGUGCUCAUUUUACAUUGGAGUGUAGAGGGGAUCAGGCAACAGUCUAGCCCGAGGGCCUGCCCCAAACCCAGAAGGACCUUAGAGGGCCCAGGUCUUCAGACCCUCACCAGACUGGGAGCUGUGAGAGCUGAGGCACAGGUUUCUCUCCUUAAGCUGAGGCCAAAAGCAAAGAUUCCUCCAUCUAAUCUACACUUUUGCAAAUGGCCAGGCUCCUGGAUGCAGUGCUCAGUGCUAUCAUGAAUAAAGGGGGGCCUCCUGGGCUGCCAGUUUGGAUUACUAA